GAGAACCGGGGUGAUAUUCUUAACAACACGUAAACAAGCUGUCAUGGCGGCUGCUAGAAGACUACUUUCGGUUGAUUAUGAAGUUUUUGGCACAGUUCAAGGUGUGUUUUUCAGAAAGUACACUAAAAAGACAGCUGUCGGUCAUGGGUUAGUUGGUUGGGUUAAAAAUACUCCAAACAAAACAGUGGUUGGCGUGAUACAGGGACCUGAAGAUAAAAUACAAAUUAUGAAAAAUUGGUUAAAGACAAAGGGAAGUCCAAAAUCAGUCAUUAAAAAUUGUGUUUUUAAAAAUGAGAGAACUAUAGAUAAAUUAGAGUUUAAAGAGUUUGGUGUGAUUAGACAUUGAGGACGAAAAGUUUGUGUUUUGUGAAGAAGUUAGAGAUUAAUAAUGAUGAUUUUUUCUAGUAUGGUGUGUUCAUUAUUAUCUGGGAUGGAGCGGUCGAAACCGACGUUAAGGUUCUUAUUAUUCCCUGUUGCAGGAUUUAUGACAAUGUCCACAUUUUUGUUGUAUUCAAGCAGAGUUUGGUGUGAUUAGACAUUGAGGACGAAAAGUUUGUGUUUUGUGAAGAAGUUAGAGAUUAAUAAUGAUGAUUUUUUCUAGUAUGGUGUGUUCAUUAUUAUCUGGGAUGGAGCGGUCGAAACCGACGUUAAGGUUCUUAUUAUUCCCUGUUGCAGGAUUUAUGACAAUGUCCACAUUUUUGUUGUAUUCAAGCAGUUUUGUUUGUCAAAUAGAAGGAAACAAAUGUAUAUACCACCUUUUCCAGUAUAUUUCACUGUAAAAUAAUUUAUGACCGUUGUAAAUAUUUUAUUUAUUAAACACGUAACUUUUGUUAAUGCUAUUAAUGAAUUAUUUACGAGUUAGUAGAUAUGAUUAAUGAA